CUUGAUGUGAUACCGAACUGUGUAUGUGCGUAUGCACACUUCAAUGAUUUGCAACCAAUCGAUAACUACACGACAACGACACGUUUCAUCACAUAUUUGAACGCGAUCAACCUUGUGGUGGCCACUGCUUUUCGUCAGAAAGAGAUCCGCGAUGAGGUGAAAUAUCGUAUGAAGUGGUUGCUGAAGUGUGGCACAAGCGAAUCUCAGUAG